GAGGAUCGAAGGAAUUAUGUGCAUGAAGCACUCAAAGGCAAAUCGUUAUACGUGGCGUCCUGUCACUCCGUCAGUGGUUUCUUUGUACUUGGAGAGAAACAAGGCAGAAAAGAUAAGCUAGAAAUUGGAGUGGAAGAAGGCACACCAAGCUCCUUAGUAGUGACCAGUGGGACCCUUGAGAAGUAUUUUGUGGAAAGUGUAACGUUGACUGUGACCCGAUCGGUUUCAAUUGUUUUGAACCAAAGCUAAUCAUGGCGUCGACUACCUUACGACAAGCUCAUGUCAUCAACACGACCCACAUCCCCGCCCUGCUCCUCCUCACCACGGUUUUCGCCAUCCUGCUCGGACUGAUUGAUUGCGAACGGUUUCCACAAUCUCCAGCCCGCCCGGCGAAACCUGACCCGAUCGAUCCCACCGGGAGAAACAGUCCCGGCAUCGUCAUCGUCUACAAGAAGGGUGGAAGUGGAGGUGGAGGUGGCAACGAACGACAGCAAAAUUCGUACGAAGAUUCUCGCGGAUAUCCCGACCACGGUGGUCACAGCACGCAUCGGGACAGGCCACCAAAUUACCAAGCCCCUGCCUGGGGUGGGAACAAGCAUCGACCAAAUUGCGCUGGUGGGGACGAGUCGUAUUGUCUCUACGACAGAGAUUACCCAAUGGACAAAGUGUCCAACAUUGCGAACCACUACCAGCACUAUUUGUCCUCGCUGUACGAAGAGAUGAACCACUACUCUGUCCAUGAUUACAUCAAUCACGACAAUGCCACCCAUAACUAUCGGCACAAGGGACACUUCAUUUGCGAAUCGGACGUUUCUUAUGUGCGCCCAGGCUGGGCCAAGAACUGGAAAGGGGAAUGGAUCGCUGUCCUCAACACGGACGUGUUCCCACAAAGCGUGCGAAUUGAGACGUGCAAGUACCCGAAAAAGAAGUGCGAGUACAUGCCCCCUUGCUACAAAUCGUACUGUGUACAACGGUACACUUACGUAAAACUUAUUUGUUUGGACCCCUACAAUCCGAACAAACGGCCGACGACGGACGUUUUCGAAAUUCCAUCCGCUUGCUCCUGUUUCGUAGAAAACUUUCCACUCUACUAAAUUUUAUUUCUGCUAAACCUCCGCAUUGUCUUUCUCUCUAUUUUUUUCUGUUCGUACAUACAUACGUCUCAUCAUUGUCUUCGUCCGUCCACCGAUUUUGGAAAGUAGUGCUAAAGCUGAAUCAUCUUUAAAAACACAAGUAAUAGAGUAAUAAAUAAAUAAAUGUAUGACAAGCUGUUGUCGUGUUUCGAAGUGGUAAUAAAGUAUUGUUGCAGUAAUAAAUUGUUAAUAGUAAGGAA